AUGGACGUUUCUGGAUAUGCUCUGGUAGUUGGAGGGGGUAGCGGUAUUGGUCGGGCUUGUGCCAUAUCCUUCGCAAAGGAGGGGGCAUCUGGUGUCCUGUUAGCUGACAUUGCCGUUCGCUCUGCCAAAGAUGUUGUCAAAGAGUGCAAAGCCGCAGCAGUAAACAAGGACUUCCGCUGUGAAGCCGUUCCCGUCGACGUGACUCGCGAAGAAUCUGUUCGCAACCUCAUGAGUUAUGCUGUGCGAACCUUCGGACGCAUUGAUUCCUGCGUCAAUUCGGCUGGCAUCGGAGUUCGGCAAGCGGUUGACAUUGCCAACACAUCUUUGUCCGACUUUGAGCGAUUUCUUAAAGUCAACACUACAGGAAUAUUUCUUGUUACGCGAGAAGUUUCUAUCAUCAUGCGAGCUCAAGAACCAGUCGCAAUCCCUGCCAGUAGAGGAGCAUCUCGCGGGGCGAUUGUGAAUCUGGGCUCUGCAUCUUCCAUGGUUGCAAGUCCAGGUGUCCUACCGUACACCACAUCAAAGCACGCAGCUCUUGGGUUGACGAAGAAUAGCGCUCUUGAUAACGCGUCAUACGGAAUCAGAGUCAACUGCGUCUGUCCUUCCUGGACCGAUACUCCGAUGACACGACAGGCCUUGGAAGGUGUACAGGGUCUCGAUGAGUUCAUAAAUGCCGCGGUGCCGAUAGGAAGAAUUGCAACUCCCGAAGAGGUUGCGGAUGCUGUUCUCUUCUUGUGUAGUUCGAGGGCUAGCUACAUUACUGGCACAGCAUUGAUCGUUGAUGGUGGAACAACGCUGACGGCCAUGAGAUAA